AUGUCUGAUUUUGAUUCGGAACGUUUGAGCAAUCUCUUCCACAAAUACCUGAAGCCAGGCAAAGAGGAAAUUGAAACCACUGCAGUGAGCGAUUUAUUGAAAGAAUAUGAUCGGAAGAAAUUUGCGAGUAUUACUCUCAAAGAAGUCCAAAACAACAUUGACAUUGAUAAAUAUGGAUAUGUUGGUUUUGCUUCAGUUGAAAAUUUCGCAAGAAAUUACUUCAUGAACGAACCAUCGACAUCUGUUCCAGAAAUUAUUUCGUUAUUUUACAACAAUUAUUCGUCAGAUAAAGGAAAAAGAUUUGACAACAGAACGGAUAGGCUCAUAGAACAGGAAGACAUGAGUAAAUUACUGAUUCAACUCUAUCCAGAUUUAACACAAGAUGAUGCUGAGGAGCUUUCACAGCAAUUAUUUUCAUCAAACACUAGCAUGGGUAGCGUAAAGAAAUUGGCAGAGAAAUUGACCAAAUUCUAA